GGGAUAAAAACUAUACCAAAUAAACUUUUUAUAACAACAGGCGGUUCAUACGCACAUUUUUUCCAUAAGGUAAACCAUAGGAGGGGUUAACCACUGCACCAUGUCAGCUGAGGCAGCACACAUUCUCAAAAAAAAGGAGGCCAUUUUAUCUCUAGAAAAAUUUUUAGACCGAAAGAUUGUGGCCAUUUUAGAUGAACAAGAAGAGGUCCAUGGGAUUCUCAAAGGCUUUGACAAUAAUAUUAAUUUAGUGCUCGCGGAUGCGGAGCUGUGGGCUAAAAGCUGUAUCGUGCGCAAAAUAGGGGCAUGCGUAAUGCGUGGUGGACAUAUUGCUUCGAUUUCUUCGGGUGAUAUGGUUAUUUUGACGUCUUCUCCAUUUUAGCAAGCGUCAUUCACUCACUUUCCUUUUGAUUGCUAUGACACGGUUUAAUAUCAACACCAAUAGACCUGUACAAGAAACUAUAGGUAACUACUUUACGUACCAUAACUAACUAAUCUUUUCAGUUGUGGUUUU